AUGAGCGGCAUUCACAGGUUUCUCACAAGGCGCGAGCGCAACGGUAGGUAUACGAAGCGCAGCAAAGAAGAGUCUUCUAACAACACCCUCUCCCGCCCUCACCUCGGUGGUUUCUUCACGUCGGAAGUUACGAACGGCGACUCUAGCGACCAACAGAAGAAGAUCAAGUCUCUCCAACGACGUAUUUCACAGCUUGGCAUCAGCGGGCUGAACGAAGAACAUCUCACCUAUGCCUUGAAAUAUACACAGGGGGAUGUGGAGAGAGCCUUUGAGCUCCUCCUGCUCCUUGAGGACUCAAUCGAAGGACUAAUCAAAGGAUACUCACCAAGCACGAAGCUUCUUGGAGCCGAGAACCGCGAGGGCGUUACGUGCUACUUGGAUGCGCUUCUUUUCGCCAUGUUUGCUCGAUUAGAUUCCUUCGAGGGAAUCCUAUACAAGGACUUUGGUGAUGAGCCUCGUCGGAAACUUGCUAUGCUCCUACGACUGUGGGUCAACAUGCUACGGUCGGGGAAGCUCAUAACGACAGACAUUACGAAGCAUAUACAGGAAGCGCUCGCUGAAUGCGGAUGGGAAGAAGCCGCCAAGCUCCAUCAGCAGGACACAUCAGAAGCAUUCACCUUCAUCACGGAGAAAUUAGAGUUGCCUCUCCUCACACUCAAAAUGGAUAUAUACCAUACCGGUAAGGAGGAUGUGAACGACGAUCACCGGUUCAUCAAUGAGCGGUUGUUGGAAGUUGCGAUACCGGAACCCAGCGAGGGACACACCGUCACCUUGGAGGAUUGCUUGGAGUCAUAUUUCAAUAACCGGAUAGAGGUGAAGCGGUACCUUGAACGCCAUAAUACCGUCGGAUCUGUCAAAUCCGUCGAAUCACUGGUCAAGGGCUCCUGCACCCAUGUUGAGACUGUGGAGCUGAGCACUCCCACCACCUCCUCGCCAACAACGAUGUCGCCUUUAGCGACUCCAAUCACCACAGUAGCGGAAACGCCAUUGCGGGAACCUUCUAGAUAUCGUCGAAGCAGCAUUAUCCAACAGAAAUAUUUCCCUGAUCCAGAGAAGAACGGUGACCUAACACAAGAUGGUCGGGGUUCCUACAGGAAAGAGGUCAUGAUGCCGGCAUGGCAGUUCUUUAGCUUGAUUCGUGAGUGUGGCAUACAUAUAUUCAUCGGAAAAUACUAA